AGUAAGCAGGAAGACGAAGGUGUCCUAUGAUUGGUUGAUUUCAAACUCCCAGCGCCACCCUCGCCUCGACUUUAUGUCUACUUUAUACUUCUCUUUGCACUCCCGACACAUUGGACUCUCCAUGUAUUGAUCACUUAUUGACCAUUUAUUCAUCCUCUAUUGGCCACUAUUGUGAGCGUGGUCCUUCCUGUGUGUGGUGCCACAAGCACAAAGUGGACAGGCAGGUCCAGAUGGAGGACACUUUGAACACUCUGUCCUCCGACGGCAGCAGCAUCCUGAGCGAGUCAAGCCUGAGCCAGCCAAGCGUCUUGGAGGAGAGGGAGCAUCUGAAGGUCUACCUCCGCAUCCGACCCUUCACAGCGGCCGAGACCCAAAAUGGAGAGUCGCAGGACUGCGUGUCCAUGGAGCCUCCCGACACGGUCCUGCUGAGGCCUCCGUCUGCGUUCUGCCCACUCAGCAUCAACAGAUCCCUCCCACACCCCACUCUACGCUUCCGGUUCUCCCAGGUGUACGGUGCAGACACAACGCAGAGGGAGUUGUUCCAAGGAACUGUCAAGAAUCUGGUGAAAGAUGUCCUUCAAGGAGGGAAUUCUCUGGUUUUCACCUAUGGGGUCACCAACGCUGGAAAAACCUUCACCUUUUUGGGUCCGGAUGGUGACGCCGGCAUCCUGCCCAGGACCCUGGACAUGGUCUUCAGCAGCAUAGAGGACAAGAUCUUGACCGGCAUGAGCGUCAAACCUCAGCGCUGCCGAGAGUUCUCCAGGCUGAGCGAGGAGGAGCAGGCGGAGGAGGCGGCCUUCAAGAACAACCUCCUGAAAGACGUGAAAGAUAGCGACACGCUCGACAACAGCCUGUGGUCCUGCAGCAGGAUUAUCCUGGAAGACGACAGACUCAGCCUCCUAUUGGACGCCGACAUCAAGUUCUCGGUGUGGGUGUCCUUCUGCGAGAUCUACAACGAGAGCAUCCACGACCUCCUGGAGGCCACGCCCAGCGGAGCGCCUCGAAGGACCACCCUGCGCUUGUGUCAGGACGUGAAGGGAAACGCCUUCAUCAAAGACCUGCGCUGGGUCCAGGUGGACACUGCAGAGGAAGCUUACAACGUGAUGAAGCUGGGCAAGAAGAACCAGAGCUUCUCCUCCACCAGGCUCAACCAUCUGUCCAGCAGGAGCCACAGCAUCUUCUCCAUCCGGAUCCUGAGGGUCAAGGACGCCGGACUGAGCGUUAGCGAGCUGUGUCUGUGCGACCUGGCCGGCUCAGAGCGAUGUUCCAAGACUGGGAACCAAGGAGAGCGUCUGAGGGAAGCGGGGAACAUCAACGCCUCGCUGCUGAUUCUGGGCAAGUGCAUCAACGCGCUGCGACACAACCAGCAGGCCAGGCUGCACCAGCACGUCCCCUUCAGGGAGAGCAAGCUGACCCACUACCUGCAGGCCUUCUUGUGCGGCCGAGGAAAAGCCUGCAUGAUGGUCAACAUCAACCAGUGCGCCUCCAUGUACGACGAGACCCUCAAUGUCCUCAAGUUCUCCGCUGUGGCGCAGAAGGUUGUGCUUCUGCCCAGCAAGCCUCCUCGCGUCACGCCCCAGAGAACCGAAUCGGAGCUGUCCUCUAUGGGCGAAGGCUGGGAGAGCAGCCUGGAGGACGUACAGGAAGAUGAGGAUGAGGAGAACAUGACCUCCAUGGAGGACGACUUUGCAGAAAUGGAUGAUGAACAGCGGGUGGGACUGUUGAGGCAGCUCCAGGUGGCCCUGAAGAAGGAGCGAGCGGACUCCAUGCUCGUGGAAGCGCGCGUCCGGGAGGAGAUCUGCGCCGAGUUCUCCAAGCUCUUCUCCGAAAUGCAGGAGGACUUUGCCCAGCGGUUGGCGAGAGAGCGAGAGAUCCUGGAGAAGCGAGGAGAUGAGCGCUUGGAUAUCUUCAAGAGGCUCGCCGACAAGAUGUCUGCCUGUGACGCCGCCCCCCACGCACCUGCAGAAGGAUCGACGCAGGCGAGGAACUCGCGCAGUUCUUUGGAUUCCUACUCAUCUGAAGUGGCGAGCGUGACAACGUGUGGCCACGCGAGCCAUGUUGGAGGUGGACCACGGGAGGACGCGGGCGAGCUCGAGAGGAACGUGCUGAAACUUGGUGAGGAGGAGGAUGAAGAGAGGAAGAGGCUUGUGGCUGAGCUGCAGGACAAAUCGUCAGCUGUGGAGGAGCUGGAGAAGCAAGUAAAUGACUUGCAGGCGGCGGCGGACCAGAACUACUCACUCCAGCAGGACACCAAGAAGCUGCAGGUCGGAUUUAACGCUCAGUCUCAUGCAGUGGAACCUCGAUUUCCUAACUUAAUUGCUACAAUAAGAAACAAAAAGGAGACGCUCGGCGGUCUCCAGAAGGAGAUGUCAAGCAAAGAGGAGGUCAUCGCUGCGCUGGAGGAGAAGAUCCUGAAGACUGAGGUGCUCAGCGAGAAGCAGCAGGAGGACCUGCGUGCACAGGCGGCCUCAUGUGACCACCUCAGAGGGCAGCUCAGCGAGCAGCAGCACACUGCAGAGCAUCUGAAGACCCAACUGCAGCAAGCUGAAGAAGAAGGAAGCAGGCUUAACGCAGAACUUGCGUCUUUGAGGGAAAGGGCUGCCAGCGUAGAGGAGGAGACGCCGCCCACGUCCUCAGAUGCGGAGGUCCAGGCGGACGCGUCGACACAUGCCGAGCUGGAGAAGAAGCUGCAGGACCAGGAGGCGCAGAUAAAGGCUCUACAGAAGAACCUGCAGGAUGUACAGCAGCGCCGGGAGGAGGCCGACAGCCAUGCGGUCCAAGAGACGCGGCGCUUGGAGGUGGAGCGCCGCAGGGAGCUGUUGGCGGUGGCCCACGAAGCGAUCGCCCUCAAGGACGCCGAGCUGGAGAAGAGAGCUCAGGAGAUCAGCAGCCUGAAGGAAAGUUCCAAGCAGGACUCUGAGAAAGUCAGGAUUCUGACCCUGGACCUUGAGAGGAAAGAAGAGGACGCCGGUGACCUCCGAGAGAAGCUGGCGGAUUACAAGAAGCAGAUCCAGCAGGUUCACAACGAGAUCUCCACCAUGAAAGAGGAGGAGAAGCUUUUAAGACAGAAGCUGUCUGAUGUGGAGAAAGUGAAGAAGCAGCUUCAGUCAGACGUGGCCAACAGAGACAGAACCAUCCAACAAAUGAAAUUGGAGCUGCCGGUGCAGGCCAAGGGCGACGAGACCCAGCAGAUGUACCACAAAGCUUGUCAAGAGCUGGAGGAAAAGCAGCGUGCGAUGGAGGACAUGCGCUCGGCACUCAUGGAGCAGGAGGAGACGCAGCAGCAGAUGGAGCAGGUCCUGGAGGAGAAGGCCGGCCUCGUCCAGGAGCUCACCAGCGAACUUGACAAGGUCAAGGGGCUGUUGAGGAAGCAAAAUGGCGGAAAGGAUUCCACCCCUCACGCUGACGGCCUGUCACAUGACUUGGAGCUAGCCAAACAGAAAGCUGCUCGGGCUGAGGAAAACCUCAAGCUGUGGGAGGAGAAACAACUUGCCGAGCGCCACCGGUGGAAGGGCGAGAAACUGGCUCUGAUUGGCCAAAUCAAAGAGGCGGAGGACAAAAGAAACCAAGAAAUGAAGAAGUUUGUCGAGGACAGAGAGCGAUACCUGGGCCAGCAGGUCCACUUGGAGGCCCAGCUGGCUCACAAGGAGCAGACCAUGGUCACCUGGAGGGAGGAGAGAGACGCCCUGGUUGCUGCUCUGGAGGUCCAGCUUCACAAGCUGCUGGCCAGCCAGGCCCAAAAAGACAAGUUGAUCCAGCAGCUUCAGGAAAGCAGCACAGAGGGUGGCGACAGCCUGGCGGCUCCUCUGGUGGAAAGUGAAGGUCGCGGCUCGCAAGAUCUGCAGUCCAGCCCUCAGGCGACAGACGGUGAGAAAACUCCUUGUGAUGCAACCCUCAACAGGAAGUUGCCAGCGGCGAGGGAGUGCAGAGCGUCAAGCAGCAGUCAGACCUCCUCCAGCAACCCCUCCGUGCUGGACUCCUCCCAGAUUUCCACGGAGAACGGCAAGGCCAGCCGCUUCCCGCAGCCCGAGCUGGAGAUCUCCUUCAGCCCUCUGCAGCCUAAUCGCAUGGCACUGCGGCGCCAAGGUCACGACGACACCGUCACCGUCAAAAUCACACGCUCGGCCCGCAAGAGGAAGAGCAGCGAGAUGGAGAAGUGUCACAUGUUUAGGAGGACCAAACGUCGAACAAAUCUUCAGCAGGAUGAAGUGGAGGCGGAGAAUCGAAGAAACACCAAAGUGACGCCAACACCGACAGCGUUCCAAGAGUCGCCUCGUCCUGCUGCUCAUCCGUCCCAGAGCAGCAUCCGCUCUCGGAAGGAAGGAACGCUGCAGAAGAUCGGUGACUUCCUGCAGAGUUCGCCCACCCUGCUCGGCACUAAAGCCAAGAAGAUGAUGGGUCUGGUGAGCGGCAGGAGCGACGCGGACGCGGCCAGCGCCACCUCGCCCAUGAGCCUGAGAGUGAAGAGGAAGAAGAAGUUGUUCCGGCCACAGAUCUCCUCCCCCAUGUCCAUGCCGCCGCACCUGAUGGUCAGUAACGCGAGCGAGGAAAAGGAUAGUGACCAUGCGAUCUUAAGGAGGUGUCUUCGUUCCGCGAAGAAGAAAACAUCCACCUCCUGAAGCCAGGGUCAAGAUGGAGGCGGUGCAGCACAUGACGUCCAUGGCGAUAAAGACGUUACAGAACCAGCGGCCGAACCUCCAGCGGCCGCCGCUCAGGUCCGUGACGUUGACGAACGGCAUAACGGCCACGGCCACUGAGAGGUCCGCGGCGGCCAGGGAGACGAUCAAGUAGUUGGACGGCUGCCGCAGCUUUUUGACGGCGCACACGGAGAUGACCACAAGCAGGUUGCCGCCCACCGUGCACAGCGUCAGCAGCGUCAGCACCGACCCGAUCACCGCCUUCUCCGCGCGGCCGCGGCUCAGCGUGGGCUCCCCGCAGCCGGUCCCGUUGGACUCCGCCUCUGCCGAGGCGACCGCGUCCAUAAGGCGCGACGUCAGUUGCCCGAACGGCACCGGCAGCUCCGGAGGUCCGGUGCCGAGCCGCUCGUCGAUCAUGGUCCCGUUCCUGGAUCCGACCACGACCAUCCUGUGGACCCGUCCCCACCCCCUGCGGUUUUAUGCGCGCAUGUGGGAGACGUGCGUGAGCGGGACUGACUCUCCGCCAACUUCUUCUGGUGCGCGCGCAUUUUCAUAUGUGUUGAGUGGGCGUGUGACGUCAUCACGCCAAAAAUAAUUCGGCGUUAAAAGGUUAAACAAAACCCAACUUAUACUUAAACUUUAAUCAAUUUGUCCAUUUCUCAGAAGGGCGGGAUAGUGUGGGUUUUUGGAAAAUAUUGUCAAUGUUCCAAAAUUAAUAAUCAGUUUUGUUUUGAAUUAUUGACCUAUUGAAGAUAUAAUUACCUCAUUUGAAGUAUUCCACUUUGCAAAUCGUUUUUGUAAAUUACAAACAUCCAUCCAUUUCCUACCGCUUAU